AUGAGGUUCUACAUUCGCUGUCCAAACUGUGUGUCCGAAAUCACAUUCAAAACCGAUUUGGCCAACAUGGAUUAUGCCAUGGAAUUUGGAGCUACGAGAGCAUUUCAGGCGCUUAGAAUGGCACAGAAGCAGGCAAAGGAAGAAAUGGAGGCAGAAAAAGAAGAAGAGGCGAACAACCCCAUGAAAUUGCUCGAAAGCCGGACGAAGCAGUCUUACAAGGAAAUGGAAAACAUGGAGGCAUUAGAAAUUAUUCAAGACAGUAAUCUCAUCAAGAAAAACGUGAUCAACUACGAGGAUAUCAUUGAGCAAGAUCAGCCCACCGAGGAAGAUCAAGAUGAACAGGCCUUGCGGUUGCCUUUUUAUUUUAUUCCAGUGAUUUACUUGCACUCCAGGCAGAACAGAAAAAUCAAAUUGAUGACGAGGAAUUGCUUUUCCAGUCGGUUACCAAAGAAUUGGAAUAUUCCAGCAAAAAACGGAAUGCAACAAAUUUAA